UGCGCCCGUGCAGCGGAGGAGCAUGAUGGCCGGUAAGAAGCGUGGUCUGGAGCAUCUGGACGAAUAUGAGCCCAAAGCGGCCAAACAGCAGCGCAGCCUGCAUGAGCGGAUGGCGGACAGGCGGCUGGUGGUGGUUCUGGAGGGGGCGUCUCUGGAGACCGUCAAGGUGGGAAAAACCUUCGAACUGCUGAACUGCGACCAACACAAAAAUAUUAUCGUUAAAAGCGGCAGAGACCCGGGACACAUCCGGCCUGACAUCACACACCAGUGCCUGCUCAUGCUGAUGGACAGUCCUCUGAACCGGGCUGGACUGCUGCAGGUUUACGUCCACACAGCGAAGAACGCCCUGAUUGAGAUCAACCCGCAGACCCGAAUCCCCAGAACCUUCACCCGCUUCUGUGGCCUGAUGGUCCAGCUGCUGCACAAGCUGAGCGUUCGGGCCGCCGACGGUCCUCAGAAGCUGCUGAGGAUGAUUAAGAACCCGGUGUCGGACCACCUGCCCCCCGGCUGCCCUCGGAUCUCCACCUCCUUCUCUGCAGGAGAACCGGUCUGUCCCAGGACUCUGGUUCCCGAAGGCCCUGCUGCUGUGGUGAUCGGAGCGUUUGCACACGGAGCGGUGAACGUGGACUACACAGAGAGGACCGUGUCCAUCAGCAACUACCCUCUCUCAGCAGCACUUACCUGUGCCAAGAUGUGUUCUGCCUUUGAGGAGGUUUGGGGCGUCAAGUGACGGAACGAUUAUAAUCUGCUCACCUGGACGGACGCUGGACUACACACCUGUCUCAGUGGACUACACACCUGUCUCAGUGGACUACACACCUGUCUCAGUGGACUACAAACACUGGACUACAGACAUUUGUCCUGCUCUACGCUGUGCUGAAUGUGUUUGUGAUGGACGUUGGGCUCCAUGUGGGACGUUCUCUGCUCUCUGAGACUGUUUCUUUUUUUUUUUUUUUAUACCAUUAUCAAGUUCUGAGUUUUGGGUUAUUGUGUGAGUUACAUAAAAAUAUUUGACUAAA